AUGACACCAGGAAGCUCCCUGGCCCUUAUGCCACCAGGAAGCUCCCUGGCCCUUAUGCCACCAGGAAGCUCCCUGGCCCUUAUGCCACCAGGAAGCUCCCUGGCCCUUAUGACACCAGGAAGCUCCCUGGCCCUUAUGCCACCAGGAAGCUCCCUGGCCCUUAUGCCACCAGGAAGCUCCCUGGCCCUUAUGCCACCAGGAAGCUCCCUGGCCCUUAUGCCACCAGGAAGCUCCCUGGCCCUUAUGCCACCAGGAAGCUCCCUGGCCCUUAUGCCACCAGGAAGCUCCCUGGCCCUUAUGCCACCAGGAAGCUCCCUGGCCCUUAUGCCACCAGGAAGCUCCCUGGCCCUUAUGCCACCAGGAAGCUCCCUGGCCCUAUGCCACCAGGAAGCUCCCUGGCCCUUAUGCCACCAGGAAGCUCCCUGGCCCUAUGACACCAGGAAGCUCCAGGGCCCUAUGACACCAGGAAGCUCCCUGGCCCUAUGA